AUGGAGACGGUCGUCAUCGUGGCCAUCGGGGUGCUGGCCACCAUCUUCCUGGCGUCCUUCGUGGCGCUGGUGGUGGUCUGCCGGCAGCGGUACUGCCACCCCAAAGACCUCCGGCACCACUACGACACCAAACCCAUCGUGGACCUGAUGGGGACCACCGAGACGCCCUCAGAGCCCUCAGAGCUGGAGCUGGACGACGUGGUCAUCACUAACCCCCACAUCGAGGCCAUCCUGGAGAACGAGGACUGGGUCGAGGAUGCCUCGUAA